CUCGUCUGGGGAGCCCGUAAACUCCGCAUCGCCCAGACCCUCAUAUGUUAACUAUCCGUGAUGUUAAUGGAACCCCUCUGUCAUGACAGCCAGGGGCAGUGCACAGCCUGGGUAACUGUCCACAGCAGUCCUCCCAAGGGCCCUCAGCUGGCCCACCUCUGGAAGAGAAACCAGAUCUUUCUCAUUGGUACCUCAAUUCCGUGUCUGAGGACAGGAGCCAGAAACACUGAGCACCCAUUCAAACCAGGAGAAGGGAGUGGAGGUGACAGGAUCAGAACAGCUGUUGGCUGGCCACCCACUUUGUCCCCAUAAGAAGGGAUCAGGAGAUUGCAAAUUGGGUAAGAAAAUCCUCUCACCUCCAGCUCAAGACUGUAAUCCUGGGCCUCUGGUCCCCUAAGCUUUGUUCUAUUUUCGCUCCUCUUCUCAGAGUGAGCGGGUCUCCAUUGGCUGCAAGGAUUUAGUGGGGACUUUUAACACGCGUUCUCUGGCAGCCCUUGGAUCUGGUGUAGGCUUGCACAGCCCCCGUGGCCUCCUCUCUUCUGCUUACCUCCUCUAGUCAUUUCCCUGCACUUUGGGAUUCGUCAGGCCCUUCCGCGCUCAGAUCUGGGGAACUCAGGCUUGUGAGCGAGGAGGGCCCAGUGUUAGGAAGCCCAGCCGCGCUGGUGUGGGGACCAGCGGUGACCAGCGGUGACAAGAACCAGUGGCCCUUGGGCAUCAGCCUCCCACGGGCCUGAGCGAUGGGGAACAUUAUGGACGGUAAGUCGGUGGAGGAGCUGAGCAGCACCGAGUGCCACCAAUGGUACAAGAAGUUCAUGACAGAGUGCCCCUCCGGCCAGCUCACCCUCUACGAGUUCCGCCAGUUCUUCGGCCUCAAGAAUCUGAGCCCGUGGGCCAGCCAGUACGUGGAGCAGAUGUUUGAGACCUUUGACUUCAACAAAGACGGCUACAUCGACUUCAUGGAGUACGUGGCGGCGCUGAGCCUGGUCCUCAAGGGGAAGGUGGAACAGAAGCUGCGCUGGUACUUCAAGCUCUAUGACGUGGACGGCAACGGAUGCAUCGACCGCGACGAGCUGCUCACCAUCAUCCGGGCCAUCCGAGCCAUUAACCCCUGCAGCGACUCGACCAUGACCGCCGAGGAGUUCACGGAUACAGUGUUCUCCAAGAUUGACGUCAAUGGGGAUGGGGAACUCUCCCUAGAGGAGUUCAUGGAGGGCGUCCAGAAGGACCAGAUGCUCUUGGACACGCUGACCCGAAGCCUGGACCUUACCCGCAUUGUGCGCAGGCUCCAGAAUGGAGAGCAGGAUGAGGAGGGGGCUAGCGGCAGGGAAACUGAGGCCGCGGAGGCUGACGGCUGAGCUCACUGCUCUUUCUGUACCGGGGAGGGUGUGUACGGUGGUGCCUGGUGUUUCAUUGUUGUUUUAAUGCUAGAUAGAGUCUACUGAAA